UCAUUAGUGUGGGCUGCUAACUUUUUCCAAUUUCAUCUUUUUCAUUCCAUGAUGUAGAUCGCCACGUUUCCCCAAGACUGAAAGGAAGGGGACUAAGUGACUUGAGUGAAUACGAAUGCGCAAAUAUAGUUUCUGAUGUGCCUGUCAGGUUAGGAUGUGCUUUGUCGUGACGUAAUGAUUGACAAUUUUGAUUUUGACAGUUCUUAUCAAUGAACCUACGUUCAGUCUUAAACCCAUUGCUUCAUCGAAGGAGAUCACUUCCUCUUAAGUUUUGUGUAUUCACUAAUUGAUGGUCCACACACGUCCCGUAGAUAACUAUUUGUUUAUAUAUAUUAAAGACGAAAUAUAGUAGACGAUGCACAGAUUAUGUCAGGGACUCCUAUGAAGAUGUCAUUUUUCUCUAUCAUGGUAAUAAUCAUUAGCGCGUUGUUAAUUGCUGGAGUGAUUAACGCUCAAAACAACCAGAGCAGGCUUGUUUCAUCUGUACAAUCAGGAAAUGAACCCACAGGAUUGAGCAGAAACAAAAGUUUGCCAGGAACUUCGACUUCCAACAGUCUGCUAGAGAGAGACAGAAAUAAAAUUCCUCCAACAACCCCUCGUGUUAAAUUCCCCGAUAGAUUGGUUUUGAAAGGAGAAAAUGGAAAAACUGGUUGGCAAUCAAAAGACAGGGUAGCUGCCAUUUUAUGUUGGUACUGUAUUACCACUUGGUCUCCGCAGUACUGUAUCUCUCUGUGUCAUCGCCAUUGGUUGAGGUGAAUUAGAGGCCAAGUCAGAAACCCUACCGCUCGAGAAUCAUAACAGCGAACACCUGUAUAAAAAACAUAUUCUAAUUUAUCGUUGUAUUUAAAUGUUAAUUUUUGAAGACCUUUUUGCAAAUUUGCAUUUUGGAAAUGCUUCAUUGAUCUUCACACAUGUAUAUUACGCCUGUAUAUAAUCAUGUAUAUUGUUAAGUUUAAAAUAAAAAGGAAACAAAA